UGGGACCCCGCCCAGUCCCCAGGCUGCACCCUGACUCGCCCUCGGACAGUCAGCCCCCCUCUCUGUCUUUGCCAGCACCACGCUCGCCCCUGCCCAGCCUGCGGCCUCAUUGCCAGAUCCGACGAGCACCACCCGCCCGUGCUGCCCCCCCGGGCGGCCCUGCCCCUGCGCCUGGACGGCCGGUGGGUCAGCGCCGGGUGCGAGGCGCGCCCCGCAGUGCUCUUCCUCACCCGGCUCUUCACCUUCCGCGGGCAUGACCGCUCCUGGGAAGGCUGCUACCACCACUUCUCCGACCCCGCCUGCCGGCAGCCCACCUUCACCGUCUACGCAGCCGGCCGCUACACCCAGGGCACGCCAUCUGCCAAGGUGCGCGGCGGCACCGAGCUGGUGUUCCAGGUCACGCGGGCCCGGGUGACCCCCAUGGACCAGGUCACCACGGCCAUGCUCAACUUCUCGGAGCCGAGCAGCUGCGGGGGGCCAGGGGCCUGGUCCCUGGGGACCGAGCGGGACGUCACAGCCACCAACGGGUGCCUGCCUCUGGGCAUCCGGCUCCCCCACGUGGAGUAUGAGCUCUUCACAAUGGAGCAGGACCCCCUCGGGCAGAGCCUGCUCUUCAUCGGACAGAGGCCCACGGAUGGGUCGAGUCCCGACACCCCAGAGAAGCGUCCCACAUCCUACCAGGCACCCUUGGUGCUCUGCGAUGGGGCGGCCCGGGACUUCUCCAGGCCCCCGCAGCACAGGCCUCUGCUGCAGAAGCCUGUCCAUGGCGGACGGCCAGGUCCCCAAGUGGCCCCUGUCCCCUUUCUGCUCCUAGUUCAAGGGCUGGCCUUCCUCCAGUGGCUAUGAAAUUGGUCUUUGAUUUCCAGACGGUGCCUCCAGAUACUCGUCCGAACCCAUGGGCUCCCUCCAGGCACAGACUCCUCCACCCACGAUCCUGCCCAGCACAGGUAACGCUGCCAGGCGGUGGCAGCUCAGCCCAAGUCCCAAGCGGGUCAGCCUCUGAGUGGCAACAGCCCCUGCCGAGUCUCCACCACGGCCAGUGGCUCACAUCGUGACCGCGAACUUGGGCGCCUCGGCAAUGUCGAUAGCCCCGAGCGUCUAAAAACUCACUCCCGAUUUUCCUGGGCACUUCGAGGACCGGCCCGUCUCCCUGCCCGAAGGGGCCGCAGUUCUCUCCCUGCGCACUUGGGGUUCAGUGAGAUGGGAGCCAGGUUCUGCACUGCUCUGCCAAGUCUCUGGGUUUUUGUUUAAAGAUUAUCAAUUCGGAUUUAGCAAUAGAAACUCAAGCCGGAGCCAUGAAUUAAAGAUGCUGCUUCGGGUUUUCAGGGCUUCCUGGCUCGCUGGCAGGGGGGUCGUCUCCUCGGGGGCAACUCGGCUUUCUUGAGUUCUGACUGCUGGUGUGUGUCUGCGCCAGCCUGUGCUUCUGCGAGUCAGGCCUCAAGCUGUCAACACUGCGUGCGGGUAGAUCCAGCCCUCCUGGGCCAGAAGCGAGUGAGAGGUGCCCCGUCCCAGCCAAGAAGCACAGCCUCCUGCACUCACACCAACACCACAUGUGGGGCUGGAGGCUGGGGCAGGUCUUUGGAGAAAAGCGCACUUCCAGCCUUUGGAAAGUAAUUAAUACUAAUGAAGCGGGAAGAUUAACGUGCUCUGUAAUUAGCCCCGCACAGGCGUCCUCUGUUUUCAAGACUCCUUGGGCUCAGCCGACAAGGAGGAAGAGAAACCUCUGCUGUGUCUUUGGGACCGUCCUGGGGAGAGGUCGGGGGCACCGGCCGCACCGCGACAACCGGAAGGGGAGGCAGAAAGCCCCGUGGGCCCAGCCUGCCCACCGCGGUGCCCCUGUGCCCACAUCCUGCUCUGCUCGGACAGGCUGUGCCCCUGCAGGGACCCUGCGUGUGUUCCCAGGGCCUCGUCUACACACUGCGAAAUUAACUGGCAUCCUGGUGGGCUCAAGGGUUUCCGGGAAGCUGCGCCGAUGAUUCACCCCUCCCUCCUCCUCCCGAGUCCUAUCUCUGGCUCUUAUCACAGAUCUUGAACAAUUGUCUGUGAGGCUAAUGAUGCUUUCAGACAGAAGCCCUUGUCCUCUGUUAGACUGUGUGGGGUUCAAUCAGCCCGCUGAAAUUGCUCUAACUUAUCUACCCAUUCUUCUUUAAAAAAAAAAAAAAAACCCCACCAAGUUAAUAUUCUCUGUAGGUCUCAGAGAGCUACGAGUGUUCCUGGCAUAUUUACCAAAGUACAAGAAAUAAUUAGAUUAUUUACGGUCUCAGACUGCAUCGAGGUGGGGGGGGGGGGUUCCUGGUGGGGAUGAAGGUGGGUGGCGGGAACAUGUCCGUGGCUGAGCAAGUCUUGUAUCUGAGGCUUGAAGGCAACCAUACCACCAUUUAUCAUCAAAUUUGAAUCUUUUAAUAAAAUUAAACAGCCUGAAAAAUGUUCCUGCUGGUUAUUAAAGUCAACCAAAGCGAUUAUGGUUCUAAAGAAAAGAAGUGAAAUGUCUUGUAGAGAAUGUGUGAAAGAGAUUAAAGCCAGUGGAGGUAAACCCUGCUCUCUCUGUUAUGCACCUUCAGUUGACCCUUCUGACCUGUGUUGCUUAGAACUCUCCAGGGCUCCCGGUGCACACAGAAUAAAAUCCCAGCUCCCUGGUCUCGAGGUCGGUCAGGUCCACCCACACCUCCCCUCGCCCUGGCUGCACCGCCCUUCCUUCUGUUUCUUGGUCAUAUCAGGCUGUUUCCUGCCUCAGGAUCUUUGCAUGUGCUGUUGCCACUGCCCAACACCUUUCCCCCCAGAUCUCCAGAGGUUUGGCGCUUUCUUUUCAUCCAAGUCUCAGACCAAAUGUCACCUCCUCG